UUCAAAAAGUUCGAGACUUCUCCAAGGUCAAAAUCAAAAACAGCAACCUCCCAGUUCCCACUCAACAAUCCACAAAUCACCCUAAUUUAUUUGCUGAUAAAUCAUAUGGCUAGAACAUUUACAUUGCCAUUCUCACUACCACAAUCCCAGAAUCUGAAUCAAAUUCUGAGCACCCAAUUCAAUCAAAAAAGCAUAAUUAAUUUGUUAUGGACCCGAAAAUUCAGCCCAAUUUUUCAUAAUUCGAAUUCUAUAAAUAGAAACAAUAAUGUAUUCUUACAUGUUAGAAGAAUCCCCAGUUUUUGUGCUUCUUCAUUGCCUUCUUGUUCUUAUAGUAAUCUUCCUAUUUGCUCGAGUAGCAAUUGUAUUUGUUUUUCUUCUGUUUCUUUACUUCCUUUGUGCCGAUCUCGUUUAUCUUUUAUUGGGCUCUCAGUGAUGUCUCAAAGGGGUGAAGAUGGUUCAAUUUCUCCUCAAGAUUCAGCCAAAACUGUACGAAAUUUUACUAUAAGAUGCGUGAUAAAGGGGAGGGUUCAAGGAGUAUUCUACAGGAACUGGACAAUUGAAAACGCAAGUCAGUUGGGUUUGAAGGGUUGGGUGCGAAAUAGGCGAGAUGGGUCUGUGGAAGCGCUAUUUUCAGGUAAGGCUGAGACCGUAGAUGAGAUGCUGCAACGUUGUCGUCGGGGCCCUCCAGAUGCUAUGGUGACUGCUUUGGAAGCUAAUCCUUCUAAUGAGGAUCCUGGGACAGGUUUUGAACGCAAACCCACUGUAUGAGCUUCUAUCUAGUAUCUACUUUUAUGGAUUACGGUUUAGCAAUAAUCCUAGAGUGUUUGUUCUUCGUCUGCUCAUGUAGGCUUGUAUUAUGCUAGUUUGGGAAAUAAUACCUUGCUCUCUUGUAACUUUUGUAUCUCUUACAAAUACUACUGAAACAAUUUCAUAUGAAAAAUAAAACUAAAUAAUUUCAGGUGUAAUGUUGUUGAGUUCACUCAUCAAUGAUCAUGAUAAGGUAUCGGAAUAGGUCUAUGCACAUACUUUACUGUCCUGCCUUACGAAUAUUA